GCUUUCAUGUGACUGACCAGGAAGGGCAGGAUUGGUUUUUUUUUUGGGACGGCAAGGGGAAAACAUUACUCCUAUGUGCUCUUGCCCGGCCAAAUAAGCAAGUAUUAUCCUUAAAACAUUCUCUGCCCGAAUUUUCAAGCUCGCCACUCGAAGAUAACAUGUACGGUCAAGACAGUUAUCGCCCAGUCCCUCGGGACUUCACCGCCCUCAUCCAGACGUGCAGCUCCAACAUCCAGAAGAUCACACAAAAUACCGCUCAAAUCAAGAACAUGGUGAGCCAGUUGGGGACCAGACAGGACAACAGUGACCUUCAGGAUCGGCUGCAGCAGAUACAACACUACACCAAUCAGCUCGCCAAGGAAACCAACAAGCACCUGAAGGAGUUGGGCUCACUUCCUUUGCCGACGUCACCGUCGGAGCAAAGGCAGCAGAAGAUCCAGAAGGAGCGGCUGAUGAACGAUUUCUCCGCCGCUCUUAACAACUUUCAAGCGGUCCAGAGGCGCGCGGCGGAGAAGGAGAAGGAGUCGGUGGCCCGAGCAAGAGCUGGAUCUCGCUUAUCGGCGGAUGACAGUUUGCGAGAUGAAAAGCUUGUGUCUUUUGAGAACAGUCAGGAUGACUGGGCGCAAAUGAGCGCCCAGACGGAGGAGGCAGCCAUCACGGAAGAGGACCUGGAACUGAUCAAAGAGAGAGAAACCAACAUCCGACAGCUGGAGUCGGACAUCAUGGACGUCAACCAGAUUUUCAAGGACCUCGCAGUGAUGAUCCAUGAUCAAGGGGAGAUGAUUGACAGCAUCGAGGCCAAUGUGGAGAAUGCUGAAGUUCAUGUCGAGCGAGGGACGGAGCAACUACAGAGAGCCGCUUUCUACCAACAAAAGUCCCGGAAGAAGAUGUGCAUCCUGGCAAUCGUUUGCUCCGUUGCGCUGCUCAUUCUGGGCAUCAUCAUCUGGCAGGUGUCCAAGUGACUUCACUCCCCCUCCUUCUUCGCAUCAUUGUUCUGACUUACAUUUUAGGCUGCCCUCGUCCCACCUCAAAAGUACUUGCUUGGCAAUCACAAGGAGAGCGGAUGGAUACACUCUGUACUGCUCACGUCAUCGGGAUCGCCGGCGUAAGUUUAGUGCCGAGCUGCAAACACGCUAAGCUCCACUGACCACGGAUGUUUUUUUUUGUUGUUGUUGUUGUUUUUUCUUUUGGUUAGCACGUUUCAAUUGCGUUGUCAAUGGAAGCAAGGUGACGUCUAGGGAGUGAUUCAUUUAAUAUCCUUUUCUGCACUAACACUUGUCACUAUUUCAGAUGUUGAAUUAUUGUAAUGAGCAGGCCAAAUCAGGAAAGAAUAUAAAAAGGUUCUGAUUUUGGAGCGCGUCUUAUUUCGGUCAUCCCUUCUCGCGGCCCCCUUUCUCAUACAAAGUGUGAAUAUUGCACAGUUGAAGUGCCGAGUGAGCAAGUCGGUAGUUCUCACCACGACUGAGCGUCAACGCACAUGACCAGGAUGACUCCCAAGUGGUGAUUGUAGUUGUAUACGUGUCUUAACAGAUAAGCAGUCAAUCCGUAUUUGUAAAUAUUAAGCAUUGUAGCCCACCAAACAGUAAAGUAUGUCUCGAACGCAGCGCCUGUUCUAAGAAGCAUUUGCAUUGAUUUGUAUGACUCUUGGCACUAUAUGUAAUAAAGGUCUAAGAUGACAGUA